AUAUCACAUAAAAUCAUUACAAAAGUCACAAUGUUCAAAAUUAAAAUCCAAUAGAAAUAAAGACAAAACUAUUUGUUAAACUCCUUCAUCAUCGGUUAUAUACUUUCAUUAGUACUAAAUAAUAGCUUUUGUUUUCAAAUUAAUUGUUCAUAUGGAUGUAAAUGUAUAAACUUUAGAACAUAAGGGGUUUUUAUAUAUAAAAACUAAGCUGUCUGAGUAAAAAAAUAAACAAACACAUUAAGUGAUUUUAUAUGAAAUAAUCCACAAUUAGAUUUUUCUGUAUGAAAGUAUAAUUUAAUAUUUUCUAGAAUCUUAAGUUUCUUCAGGAAUUUAAAUAAUUAAGAAAGACCUCCUAGACAGUAUUAAGUGUUAUAAGGUCAACUGAUAUAUAAACUUCCAUAUUUUUUACUCAUUAAUGCAAACAAUAGUUAAAAAAAAAAUUAUUACACUUCACAAUAAAUACAUACGUACAUACUCAUUGUGACCAAUGGUUAUUUGGUUUUUAUUAAAUCAAGAUAUUAGCAGGAAAAAAUCAAAAAUGAGUCAGCCAAUAAAAGACCUUGAAAAUAUAAUGUGAACUCAAAUUGUAUAGUGAAGCGUGUUGUUUGGUGGUGGCAAACGAUCUCGGUGGGAAUAACUCCUUAAAAAAAUUGAGUAGUUAAUGUGGUGGGCAUAAUGUAUUUUAAAUACAAUAUUUUUCCAAUUUAUAUUUGGAAUAAUUUACGCAUCUCCCCUCUACUAAAACUUAUUACUGUUUAGUGUAUAUAUACCUGUUCCGCUGAUGACCAAUCGCACGAUCAUACGAAUUGACCUAACCUAAUAAUACUCUAGUUUGUGUUCUUAGCGUUGUGUGUAAUUGAUUUUAAAAAAUCGAUUUCAUUAAAACUAACCAAUUCUGAUUAUGCAAGUUUAUUUUUUUUUGUGUUAUAACUAUUGUUGUCUUAUUCAUUUAACUUAUGUUUUCAAAAUUUGUUCUUAAAUAAAAUCCGACAUGCACAAUAUCAGCUGAACAUGCUAUUCCAGAUAUUAUUAAAUUACUAUUUACUUACUAAACUGUACUAAUAAAUGAUUUCUACUUGUUUCUUAAUACGUUCAUCUGAAAUUAAAAUAAAAACUAAUUUAUUUUCUUUGAAAAUUAACAUUUAUUUCUAGCUUAGUUGAUGAUAUCGGUGAAUGAAAUUUAGUGGAUUAACGUAUGAACUACACAAAAUAUCUCAAAAAAACAUCAACGAGUUAUAGGCGAGAAGGGUGUGCAACUUUGAAGAAUUCUUAUUUGUGCAUCAUGGAUGAAGUUAUAUUCCAAAAUAAUAUAUUUACAAUGGUCAAUAGGUUUAAUACUACUAGCAAGGGUCACAUAUUCUGAUUUAAUAUCUAAAGACACUAUCACAAUUCAAAAAACGUCUAAUAAAAAUAUAUUAGACUCAUUGUUUGAUUCAUCUAAGUAUGACAAGACAAUUUUACCAAUAUAUCAAAAGCCUUUAAUAAUCAAUAAUAGUAUUGCAUUGGUCACUCUCAGUUCUCCUGAUGAAACGAGCCUGAAGUAUGAAAUUGAGUUUUUACUCAGCCAAGAGUGGUAUGAUGAAAGACUACAGUUUAACAAUAGAAAUUACACAUUUUUAAAUGGAUACCAUUACCAAAACUUAAUUUGGUUACCAAAAGUUAAUUUUCAUAUGAAUGGUGAUUUUAAACCUUUUCAAAGACCAGCUCAAUACUCUCUUAAUAUAUUUGAAAAUGGACGAGUUGAAUAUACUACAAGACAUCAUUUAUUGUUAAACUGUCAAGGGUUCAUGAACGUGUUUCCAUUUGAUACACCAUUAUGCACUUUUUCAAUGGAAAGUAUAUCAUAUGAGAAUAUAGAUGUGAAAUACCAAUGGGAUAACAAUAAGAAAUACAUGAAAAAAUAUCAUUAUUUUAAAACCGUAAACGCUUAUUUGGAAAGAAAUCGUACAAAUGAAUGUGAUGCAACUGAAAGAUGGAGAGGAAAUUUUAGCUGUUUACAAGUAGAUUUAAUAUUCAGUAGAGACAAAACAUUUUACAUUUCCACGAUAUUUAUCCCAAGUUUCAUUUUAGUAACUUCAUCAUUUAUAACUUUCUUUUUAGAGUGGAAUGCAGUACCAGCCAGAACUAUAAUAGGUGUAACAACAAUGUUGAAUUAUUUUACGACAUCCAACAGUUUUCGACGAACUUUACCGGAUGUUGCUAAUCUAGUAACUAUGAACGUUUGGGAUGGUGUGGGCAUGUUUUUUGUGUACGCAAGUUUUAUAGAAUUCGUUGUUGUAAAUUUCAUUGGAAGAAGGAAACCCAACUUGAAAAAUAAUCGUUCUGAAAAAAAAGAAAAAAACUAUUUAGAAAAUGAAACCACGUCUUCUAAUCUUGAAAAUGAUUUUCUAGUGAAGAAGCCACAAAACGAGCACGAACAAUGCAAAAAAGUUCUAUCAGAUUCCAUUCGUGUAGCAAAAACAAUUGACAAGAUAGCUCAAAUCACAUUUCCUUUAGGAUAUGGAAUAUUUCUAAUAUUUUUUUUUGUUUAUCAUUAUAUUAAUGUUACCUACCAAAGUAUUUCUUUAUAAGACACUCAUAACAUUUAUAAAAUGUGAAAAGUAUUGUUAAUAUAUUUUACUAAACAUCUUUUAAGUUUCAAUUGUAAAAUAAAAUUUAGAACAGUUGCGGAUCUAAGAGGAGUCGUAAGGACACAAUCCAUUAUAUCUAUAUAUAUUUUAUAUUCUAAUAUUGUGUAUAAAAAAUAUUUUCCAGAAGUAUUGUACUAAGUAAUAAUAUAUAUUAAUUACAAAAACGCUCAGUUAAUUCGAUCGUUUUUAUUUAUACUUCUUACACACCCAAAGAAAAACCUCAAUCAAAAUUGAAAGAGAAAUUUUAUCAAGGGUUUAUGAUAAUGUUUUAUUAAUACGAACAAAAUAACUAUUCUUAUAAAUAAUUAUUGUUCAAGACAAGAAAAAAAAAUAUCAUAUUGAUAAAUAUAUCAUUGAUUCAAUAGUAAUGAUAUAUUUAUCAAAUUGAACAAUGAAUUUAUUAUAUAGAUCGAGGUUUUUCUCUGGGUGCACUAAUGAAAAAAGUCAAGCUUAUGUAAUGAAUAAACUAUUUCCAAAAAACAGUAAUUUAAAUGCCCGUUUUCGUUUAACUUGGCUAAGUUAAAUUUACCUACGUUUUUAAAAAAUUUAAAUUGUAUAAUACAUGUCAAUAACGGACAUGUAUAGGUAACAUCUUAAUUAUUGAAAUUACAAAUUAGUUAAAUAACAUCAGAGAAAGUAAUGAUUUUAUUUGUCCUUGCACUUGAACUUCACUUGUGUUUCCCUUUCAGCAAAUAACAUAAAAAAUAGGAGAGUUUAUGUCCAUUAACAUGUGAACGGCGGUGGAAAAUAUUUCUAUGCAUAUAGACGUUAAUGAACAUGCGCAAAAAGUGUCGGUGCAACGCGCAAACUCGUCAUAAAUACGUAUUCAUUUUAUAAACUAAUCGUGUAGUAGUUCGGCGCGCAGUUGAAUUUUUUGCACAACUUACGCAAUACAAGUCCAUAAGUUAAUUUUAACCCUUCCAAAAAAUCAUACAACUAUAUAUAAUUGUAUUAUUAUUGAUUCAAGCUACAUUUCUUGUAUCUUAAAAGAAGUUUGGUAAUUCUGAGUUGAAGCAUUCAACAAAAUGGAAGACGG